CCGUAAGUGAAACACAGCGCGUCCUUGCUUUUUUUGUCUGCCCUGCCCUGCGCCAGACCGGGAUCCCGCCGCCCUAGCUCCGGCGCGACGCCCCCCCACUCAUCCUGGACGGGCCGCCCGCGAUGGCGUCGGGUGGUGGCUGGGAAAUUCGGCCUCCCAACCUUCUGCCUUCUGCUUUCUGCUUCCCAACCUCCCGCGUGAGAAGCUUCAUAGUCCAACCAUAUCUCAAUUCCUCUAGUCGCGCAUCAUGCAGUCUCUUCUUGCAUUUCAUCUUGCGCAAUUAAUUAGCCCACCGCUUUUUUGUCUUCCUCUUCCCGUUCGUGUCUGAGUGGAGUGGGUGUUGUCGUUGGGCUGCCGCAGUCCUGCUUUUUCAGAAUGAACUUCCAAAACCUCAACUUCGACCAUGAGCCUCGUCGAGGGCCUCCAACUCUGUCUACUGACCAUUCUCACCAAGACGACGACCAAUCUUCUCUCCCAACUCUCCGCCCCUACCAUGAUCUCAGACAGCGCCUAGAUCCCUCACUUUCACCUCAGCCCACAGCCCUUCUCCACGCCCCAUCACCACCUUCGUUAUCAGCAUCCACAGCCGAAAUCUACGGCCCUGAUCGCCACUUUGCUCCCCCACUGUCUGCAGCAUUCGCCCCUCCCCCCACCUCCCGGCACCACCAAAACGACCACACUGUCCGUUUCGACGAGGCGCAAAUAGCCAUGAUUGCCGCUGAAAACGCUGCUCGCAUGGCCAGCAUCAAGGACGAGCUGGCCAUCGCCGCCGGCAAAGUCACGCCAGGCGUCGAUGACACGCCAUACAUCCAGUACGCAAUUGAGGCCUUGACUCGGGAUCGCGGAGGCCCGGCGCCGGUCCACUUCCCCUCCAGCUCCGAAGACUACGACUCGGAUGAGGAGUACACCCACGAGGCAUACACCCAGCCGCGGAGGCUCCCCGAUGCCGAUUCGCCAUUCCCGGCUCUCUCACCCCCGGAGCCCGCUUACGUCGAGGAUCGUCUGCCGGUUGAGCAGGUUGAGCGCCCUGAGAGAUAUGAAAGAGACGAGCCAGCCCGUCGAAUUGUGAGCGCCGAGAGACAGAUGGACCCCGACUCUAGCCACGAGACGGUGGUGCAUCAUGAACUCCCGGCCCACCUUGAGGAGUCUCCCUCGGCCCCCUCCGACCCAGUUCGCGAUGAGGCCGCUCCGGCCCGCAAGCAAACGAGACGCAAGUCUACCCCCAUUGAGCGAGCGCACCCGCCUCUCGACUACAAGCCGCCCGUGUUGCGGCCCUUUUCCAUGCUAAUCUUCAUGACGCUCUGCGCGCUCAUGAUCGCCGCCCUCAUCUUCUCCGGCAUCUACUCCGACUCCGACUCCGGGUUGACUCCCUACCCAGGAAGCAUCUACAGUGGCCAAUACUUCCUGUUUCGCAUCCUCCCUCAAAUCCUCUCCGCUCUCGUCCUCCUAUACGCCCAGAGCAUCGUCGCCGCGUCUCUCCGGAUCCUCCCCUUCACCUCGAUGGCUGAUUCCGAACCCAGCGUGCGUUAUCUCGCAUUGUUCCGAAGCCUCUACCCAAAGACGUUCCUGCUGCCCGCGUUGAAUGGGCCUUGGCAGUUUCAGCUGUUCAGCGUCGCCACCUGGCUGGCCAACUUUACCAUUCCCCUCCAGAGCACUACUUUCACUUGCGUCUUCGAGGAGGGCAAGUGGAUCUGGGCGGCCGUCCAGGGCGUGGUCUGGACCCUUGUGGCCAUCUACAUCGUGUUGCUUGUCGCGACUGUCAUCUUGAUGGUGUUUUGGUUCAGACGGUGGACCGGGUUGUUGUGGGACGUCCGUUCCAUCGGCCAUCUCGUGCCCCUCUUGAACCAGAGCAACACCACCAAGAGCUACGAGAACGUGGAUGUCGUCCAGCGGGGCACCCUCUUCAAGGCCCAGCUCAGAGACCGCCACCUCGACAGACUCGGCUACUGGCAGACGGAGGGCCAGCGGGUCGGAGGCAUGUGGUAUGGCAUCGGAUCCGCCACAGACGAGGGCCGGCAGGCUUCGUAUAGCGUCGUCGCCAAGAAGGCCAGCUACAACAUCUCCCCAGCCUCUUCCCGCGAUGAUCUAGAGGCCGAGGCCCAGUAUGUUCGCCACCGCUAUCUGCCCUUUGCGCUUCGCGACUUCACCAUCAUUGGGUCCCUCGUCUUCAUGUUCCUCCUCGUCCUGGCCAUCCUGGUCGUCUCCUUCUUGCCCCAGACCAGACUAGACCACGGCUACCUUCCGCUGCUCACGGCACGACCCGCCAAGGGCGCCUUUUCAGCUGCCAACUUCCUGUACGGCUUUCUCCCGUCCUUUCUGGGCAUGGUCAUGUUCCUGCUCUUCCAGAGCCUGGACCAGUCGCUCCGCGUGCUCCAGCCGUGGGCGGAGCUCUCCAAGCCCUCCGGCGCCAUCGCUCAGAAGUCGCUCCUCGCCGACUACGCCGCGUGCCUCCCCCUCCAAGCCACCUGGAAGGCACUUAGGAACGGACACUGGCGGGUCGCCAUCAUAUCUCUGAUGGCGGUGCUCUUUGUCUUCAUCCCCGUGCUGGCGGGCGGGUUGUUCAUGGCCCUGACCAACGUCCGCGGCCAGGUCAAGAUGUUCCCCAACAUGCCAGUGUUCGGCGUCCUGCUGGCAUUCCUGUUCCUCUACCUCGGCUGCCUCUCCCUGAUGCUACCUGGCCGACGCUCCCUCCGUCUGCCCCAUCCCGUCACCUGCCUUGCCGAGCUCAUCAGCCUCUGCGCUGCCGAUGACACCACCCAGGACGCCGUCUUCCGGGGCAUCGCCUCCCCCGAAGACCUCGAGACUCGCCUAGGCCUAGACCGAGCAGACUCUCGCGAGCAGUCCAUGUGGUUCUUUGGCGUCUCGGCCGGCAGGGACGAGCGCCGCCUCAGCGUGCGCCCCCUCCAACGAUUUACUGAGAAGAGAACGAGAUCGACGCGAUCUAUGAUAUGAGGAGAUGUUAAUGUUUAGAAUUGUCUCAUGAGAAUGGGCGAUAUGUGCGAUUUGUUUUUAUUGUUUUUGUUGCGCCGCCCAACACU